GUCCUUCUAAUUUUCAUGCCAAACCCUUUUUUCUUUCUUACUUCCUACAGAUCCAUUCCUUUCUAUUUCUUUCUUUCUUUCUACGUUUUCUUAUACGAUCUACACGCCCCUUAAUCUGCACAUGCAUAUUUUUUUUUUUUUUUUAAAUAAUAAUAAGGAGAAAGGCUUAGCAAAGAAUCAAAGAAAGUGAGUGAGAGCAAGAAUCUUCAUCUUUCUGCAUGUUGCGUACAGAAUCUUUAAAGCGAAAUCGUGCUUACGUUAACCCACGACGCUGUUCGAGGAUUUUGUUCUCUUCUCUCGACCUUCCCAAGAAUCCCAACAUUCUUUCUUCUUCUCUCCCUCAACCAACCCAAUAACUCCUCAUCAUCAUCAUCGUACACUACACACAUGACAUGCAUGUAUCUUCAAUGAUUCCGUAGCGAAACCACACGUACGUACGCUAGCUAGCUUGUGGGGUAGUUUUUAAUUAAUAAUCCUCUUCAAUCAAUGGCCUUCAACAACAACAAGCAUGUUCUGUUAACAUUCGCAAUAUGCUGUUUAAUAGUAACGGUGGGACUAACGGUGGUCCCAGAGCCGCUCGAUGUUGGACUCGAGGGUCGACUGAGCGUGAACACGCGGGAGCUGGAAGCGGUUUCGGUGGACUUCGGGAGGCUGAGCAGAGGGGAGGCUUGGGCGGUGGUGCAGCCCGCGACGGCGGAGGACGUGGUGCGGGUGGUGAAGGCGGCGUUCGAAGCGCCGUUCGCGGUGUCGGCAAGGGGGCACGGGCACUCGAUAAACGGGCAAGCCCUGAUAAAGGAGAAGAAAGGAGUGGUGAUUGAGAUGGUAAAAGGUGGUGGUAGCAACAACGGCGACAAGGAGAAUAGUAUAAGAGUGAGUGAGAAAGGAAUGUAUGUGGAUGUGUGGGGUGGGAGGUUGUGGAUAGACGUUUUGAGUGCAACAUUGGAGUAUGGGCUGGCUCCCAUGUCUUGGACCGAUUACUUGUAUUUGUCUGUGGGUGGAACCCUCUCCAACGCUGGAAUUAGUGGACAAACCUUCAAUCACGGUCCUCAGAUCAGCAAUGUUUAUGAGCUCGAUGUCGUUACAGGAAAGGGUGAGCUGGUGACAUGUUCAGAAGAUCGUAACUCGGAGUUGUUCCAUGCUGUUCUUGGAGGUCUUGGACAAUUUGGAAUCAUUACAAGGGCUAGAAUUGCUCUCGAACCAGCCCCUCACAGAGUUCGGUGGAUAAGAGUACUGUAUUCGAAUUUUGCAACGUUUUGUAAAGACCAGGAGUAUCUGAUAUCUAUGCAUGGGAAACCAGGAAAUGAGAGAUUCGAUUAUGUGGAAGGUUUCGUGAUCGUUGAUGAAGGGUUGAUCAAUAAUUGGAGGUCUUCGUUCUUUUCAGCAAGUAACCCUGUUAAAAUCACUUCUCUCAAAGCUGACGGAGAUGUUUUGUACUGUUUGGAGAUUACCAAAAAUUACAACCAAGGCAACGCAGAUUCUGUUGAUGAGGAAAUACAAUCUCUAUUGAAGAAGUUGGAUUUUAUACCAACAUCAGUGUUCACAACGGACUUGCCUUACUUGGAUUUUCUGGAUCGAGUACAUAAGGCAGAGCUUAAGCUUAGAUCCAAGGGUUUAUGGGACGUGCCUCAUCCAUGGCUCAACCUUUUUGUUCCAAAAUCAAGGAUAGCGGACUUCGACAAGGGUGUGUUCAAGGGCAUUCUUGGAAAUAAGACAAGUGGGCCCAUCCUCAUCUACCCCAUGAACAAAAACAAGUGGGACCAAAGGAGCUCGGUGGUGACACCGGAAGAGGAUGUGUUUUACCUGGUGGCAUUUCUGAGAUCAGCAUUGGAUACUGAGACGCUGGAGUAUCUGAGUAAUGAGAACCGUCAGAUUGUGAGAUUCUGCCAUGAUUCGGAGAUCAAGGUGAAACAGUACCUGCCCCAUUACACUACGCACCAGGAGUGGAUGGACCACUUUGGCGAUAAGUGGACCCAAUUCAGUGCCAGGAAGAUGAAAUUCGAUCCUCGCCAAAUCUUGGCCACAGGCCAGCAAAUAUUUCAAUUUGAUCCCUCCAACCCCCUCACCCUCACCAACUAUAUUUAGUGCAAAACAAACAAUUUCUCCAUUACAUAAAUAAGGCAAGUGUUGUGUUGUACUAUUGCAUUGCAUGUCAUUAGCUAGGAGGAUCAUACCAAAAAGAAAAAAGAAUUAGGAGUAGGGUUUUUGUUAUAUAUAUAUAUAUGAUAUGCAUGAGGUUAGGUAAAUGAAGAAGGAUUAAUAGAAGUGGUAGUUGAUGAUGAUAACAUAAGAAGUGGUGGGCCCUUGGCAAAUGGCAAUGUGCACAUGACAUGUAUUGUGCAGCGCCCGUGAUCCCGACCGCUCGUCUUCGUUUCAUUGUCUCCUCCAUAAACAUGCAGCUGUGUCCAGUUCCACUUCUCUCAAUGUUUCUUAUUUUUCAUUGUAUCCCCAUUUUAAAUAUGUAUCUUUAGCUUCUAAUGCCUA